AUGUCGUUGCCUGGAGAUUUUGUUAAAAUCUGCGAGACAGUUGCUCUCACUGUGUGCCCACUCGUUGGGCGUCCGGAGGGUAUUGAGCCAGAAUGUUAUUCAAGAAACGUUGAAAUUGCUGGCACAUUAAUUUUCCAACCUGCAACCAUUAUUAUCCAUGUCAUCGCACUUGUCAUGACUUCUAUCAUGAUUUAUCAUAUAAAAUCAAAAUAUACAGCUGUUGGUCGGAAAGAAAUUGUCAUGUUUUUUUAUUUGUAUAUGAUGGUCACCUUUAUAGAAUUAUUACUUGUUUCCGGAAUCGUUCCUGCUGCAUCUGACUAUUUUGUUGCUGGCCACAUUGGUCUUAUCACAGCCACUUUUUGGUGUUUAUUACUGAAUGGAUUCGUUGGUUUUCAAUUUGCUGAAGAUGGUACACCACUUUCACUUUGGUCAAUUCGAAUUUCCUCACUUGUAGUUUUUCUAGCUGUUUUUGGCCUUAGUAUUGCUACAUUUAAAAAUUUAGCUGGUUUUACUUUUGACCAUCCCCUAGCCUUAUGGAUUGUAUUAUACAUUUUUAAUGGCGCUGCACUUGCUAUUUAUUUCGUUCUUCAAAUAGUUCUUGUUCUUAAUACCCUCGAUGAUCGCUGGCCACUUGGUGAUAUUUUAUUUGGUAUUUCUUUCUAUGUCAUUGGCCAAGUUAUCCUCUAUCUAUUCUCCGUUAAGAUAUGUGAUACUGCUAAACAUUAUAUCGAUGGUCUAUUCUUUGGAACAAUCUGCACACUUUUAGGUGUGAUGAUGGUUUAUAAAUAUUGGGACUCCAUUACCAAGGAAGAUCUUGAAUUUUCCGUUGGAAGUAAACAAAAUGUAUGGGAAGUGAAAGAAUUACUUGAAGAUGAACAGGCUUACUCAAAUUAUCCUCCCCCACCAUUACCACAAGGUGGAUUCACUGGUUAUCAACAACCACAAAGUGGUUAUAAUGCUUCUUAUCCUCAGCAACAAUAUGGAGCAUAUUAA